GCGAGGGCUACCGGAGCCUCGGUGGCCGAGCCCGCGCCCGGAUCGCAAAUGGAAGUCGCGGGGCUGCGGGGCUCGCGAUGGCUGCAGCCAGGGCUGAGGCUCCAGAUGCACAGCUGAGGAGCUGAGAACUUAGGUUCCGUCCUAAGGGAAAGACUGCUGAGCCAGAGCCUGAACCCAGGCCAGCUGGCCUCCAGAACACGUAACCUUUCUGCCUGACCUUGGAUUACAUUCCUUCAAUACCUGCAGUCCUUCCGAUGGUGCCAUUUCUGCGCUGUGCUGAUAACUGAAACGGAACCUGUCUGCUGGCCGGCCUCCAGGGCUUUGAGGGAUUCUGAACAAUUUCACCUAACAAUGGGGUGAUGUUGGGCAGAUGCACGUGUCUGGGCACAGCCAGAGGAGCAGAGAUGCCAGAGCCUUCUUACAGUGACUGGCAGGGAGCUGGCAUGCAAGGUGAUGCAGGGAGCUAGACCAGCCUGGAACCUGCAGGGUGACUGUCUGCCGGCAGGCUGAGGGUCUCUGCCGCCGCUGUCCCAGGGAAGCCUCAGGUAAAGGGCCGGUAGACAGCCACAGCCAUGCUCUUAUGGUUUCCAGUCACAUGAUGAAACUCACGGCUCCUGGACCUGCCAGCGCCCUUGUCAUGGAGGUUCCGAGGAAACGCAAAGGAAGUGACUCGGACCCGGCCCAGGACGCUCACAGACAGAUGGAAAAGCGGCGGAGAGACAAGAUGAACCAUCUAAUUCGGGAGCUGUCCUCUAUGAUCCCUCCACUCAGCCCCGCGGCCCGGAAACUGGACAAGCUCACUGUCCUGAGGAGGGCAGUGCAGUACUUGCGGUCUCUGAGAGGUGUGACAGAGUCUUUCUUAGGAGAUAAUUCUAGACCUUCAUUUAUUCAGGAUAAGGAGCUCAGUCACUUGAUCCUCAAAACAGCAGAAGGUUUCCUGUUCGUGGUCGGAUGUGAAAGAGGGAGGAUUCUCUUCGUAUCUAAGUCCAUCUCCAAAACGCUGCAGUAUGAUCAGGGCAGCUUGAUGGGACAGAAUCUGUUUGACUUUUUACACCCAAAAGAUGUUGCCAAAGUAAAGGAACAACUUUCUUAUGAUGUCUCCCCAAGAGAGAAACCUGUGAACACCAAAACCUCUCUGCAGCUUUACAGUCCCGGGCACACUCGACGACCACACAUGCAUUCUGGCUCCAGACGAUCUUUCUUCUUUAGAAUGAAGAGCUGUAAAAUCCCCGUCAAGGAAGAGCUUCAAUGUUCACCCUGCUCAAAGAAGAAAGACCACAGAAAAUUCUAUACCGUCCAUUGCACCGGAUACUUGAGAAGCUGGCCCCCAAGUGUUGUUGGUGUGGAGAAGGAGAGGGACAGUGAGAAAGACAGUGGUCCUCUUACCUGCCUGGUAGCCAUGGGACGGUUGCAUCCAUACAACGUCCCUCCGAAAAGCGGCAAGAUCAAAGUGAGGCCAACUGAGUUCGUGACCCGCUUUGCCAUGAAUGGGAAAUUCGUCUACGUGGAUCAAAGGGCAACAGCGAUUUUAGGAUAUCUGCCUCAGGAACUCUUGGGGACUUCCUGUUAUGAAUAUUUUCAUCAAGAUGACCAUAGUAGUUUGACUGACAAGCACAAAGCAGUUCUGCAGAGUAAGGAGAAAAUACUUACAGACUCGUACAAAUUCAGAGUGAAGGAUGGCUCCUUCGUAACCCUCAAGAGCCAGUGGUUCAGCUUCACUAACCCUUGGACCAAAGAGCUGGAAUACAUUGUGUCUGUCAACACACUGGUUUUGGGGCGCAGUGAGACUGGAGCACCCCCCUUCCUUUACGGCAGCAGCCAGUCCUCAGAAGACUCGUUUAGACAGUCCUGUGUCUGUGUGCCUGGAAUACCCACGGGGACAGACAUUGCAAACGAGGUUCUGCGUUUACAGAGGUUAUACUCCUCAUCCCCAGAAGAUUCAGAUCCUUCAGAAAGAGCUAGAGAUCGCCUCAGUGUGAACUGCAGGAACGCCAGUGUGCCCGUGAGUGGUGUGUCCACGCCGAGUCCUGGAACUGGGACCCUGGACGCUGCCGGGCAACACAAGAGCCCUGAAGCUGCCCACAGUCACAGGCCACUCCUCAGUGAUGGUGCCCAGCUGCAUGUGGAUGCCCUGAGUGACAACGAUGACAGGGCCAUGUCUGCGUUCAUGAAUUACCUGGAAGCAGAGGCGGGUCUGGGUGACCCUGGGGACUUUGGCGAUGUCCAGUGGAUCCUCUAGCGCUUGAUCCACAGGAGACAGUGAACUCAAGGGAGGAUCCCUGCGGAGUGUCCCAUCUACAGAUCACGCUGUUCUCCAGCACUGUGUCUUUAUCUUUUAUUAAUCGUCUAUCGAUUUUUAUACAUCUAAACCUUACUCUCACACGGUUGUGGGAGAACAAGAUGUUUUCCUCCACAGCGAAACAGUCAAGUUCAUCCAAUUCUCUUUAUUCAGUGAACUAGCCUGGGAUCAGGCUGCCAUAUUUUUGCUAAAACGUUCUGACCAAAAAAAAAAUGCUGCCAACCAUAUUGUUUGGGCUUUACUUUGCUUCUUUUUUUUUUGUAUAGUUUUGUUUUUGAGUAUUAACAUAUUGACAUUUUCCUUGUCUAUCGCCUAAGAGACUGAGAACAUAGGCUUGUGUGCUGUGACAUAUUCCCGCACCUUGAGCCUUUCCCUAACUGAUGAAAGAGCUUGGUGCUUCUAGGAUAUGGCGAGCUCUUGAGCAUUUAAAGAGGCUGAGCAGCUUAUGAGGUCGUGCUGAUGAUGACCACUGUGCACAGCCUGUGUGGAACUUGGCGAGGAUUGCUAGGAUGUUGAGGCCAACUUGUGCACGUUACGAUGGACUUCAAGGGAGAGGACUUCCAUCCCAGCCUUGUUGACAGAAGAAGAUGGACCCUGAGCCCUUGACCCUGGCUAUGAAUCUUGCCAGCAGACAAUAUGACCACUAAGGGUUUUCACUGUAGCUAGAGCUGUCCUGCUGGUUUCCGCUGUUGAAGCUGGCUUAGCGACAGAUUCGGCGUGGAGGAUAAAACAGGCCCAGGCAGAUUAAAUGACCCGUGGGAGGUCCUGCCUUAAAUCCAUAGGUUGUUAAUGUUUAAUGUAUAUAAUCCAGUUGCAUUUGUGGUAGCAAAGGACUCACUAGUCCCCUGGUGACCGAGCUGACUUUAGAGACAGCUGUAACCUGCUAGGUAAUUGGUUAGUUAUCACUGCCUGCAGCCAAAGGAAUGAAGCAACUGGCAAAUAUAGUUAUUUGUUAUUGUUUUGUUGUAUGAUUUUGUUUGUUGAGAGAGGAUCUGUGUAGCCCAGGCUGGUCUGGAACUUACUGUGUAGACCAGGCUGGCCCCAUAUCGAUAUUAUAGAGAUCUACCUGUCACUGCUUCCCAAGUGUUGGGAUUAAAACCAAACAUCACAAUUCCUAACUUAAAUACAGUCCUUUAAAUCAUGAGGCAAUGAAAACCGCUUAAAAGCCAACAUUCUAGUAAUAAUUUAAAUUUUAGAAGGCAUUUUAAGACAGUGAUUAACCCAGAGAUGGUUCAAGUGGAGUGUAAGAAUUAAGAUGAUUUGAAACUCUGGCCUAGCAAUGCAGCCCAGUGGGUAAAGUGCUUGCCAGCAUGCAGGAAACCUUGGGUUCAGCUCCUAGCACUGUGAACCAGGUGUGGUGAUGCCCACUGUAAAUCCCAGCACUCAGAAGUUAGACAGGAGGGUCAGAAGUUCAAGGUCAGACUGGGAUCCAUGAAACCCUGUCUUUAAAAUAAAUAAAAAGAAAAGAUUAUUUAAAUGGCUAUCUAUUCGCUUUCCUGAAGAAUCACUUUAUCUUAUUUUUUUUAGAAUAGAAGAAUUGGUGUUUAAUUAAAUCUUCUAAUAACAAGUCAAAUGAAUGGAUAAAUAACUAAAUAGAACUAUUUUAACUUAUUUGAUAACAUUGGGGCAUUGAAUUAAGCCCCAAAUUGAAAUUCAGGCUAGGACAGCUGUCUAGGGUGAAACAUUCCAGGUAGAAUAUGGAUUCUUGCUCCAAAAUUGACUUUUGCCUUUUGGUCAUGAGAAUGAUCUGGAAAAAAAAAGUGCUCACAAGUUUUGUGCAUAAAAGUGCUGACAGAAAUAUAUAGAAUAUUGUCCACUUUAUCUUAUUUUGUGUAUGGGUGUUUUGCCUGCAUGUCUGUGUACCACUUACAUGCAGUGCCCGUGGAGGCCAGAAGAGGGCGUCAGAUCCCCCGGAACUGGAAUUGCGCACAUUUGUGAGCUGCCAUGUGGGUCCUCUGUAGACAGCGAAAGCUCUUAACCACUGAGCCCUCUCUCGCCCUAGUGGUGGUAUUUAUCACCUUGUGUUGGACUGUCUUUGCCGCGCUCACUUAGACCCUUUUGUGCUCUUCAGAGGCAAGUCAGACAGGCUGGGAAGAGCCGGGACACCCUCGGGCUCUAACGCAGGCCCAGACUCACUUUUUAGCUUUUCUUUGGUGGUUUAUCUUACCAGCGAACUGCUCGCUGAGCCCCUCACCCUAGAGUCCUUUUGUUAUUCCCGCUGUACCUGACAGAGCAGAACUUUCCUCAGAUCUGCAAGGGACAAGUGUCACCAGCUUGCCAGUGUUCCUAGUAUGCCCUUUUGCCGUGAUGGGUCCAUAAGGAUGUAGCUCGAAUAAUAAAAAUCCAGAGACAGAUACUGGGGUUAAACCCAGAAACCAGAAAAGCAAAGCAGCCAAGCCACUAAAGAAAUCUUACCUCUUUCAAGGCUGGGCACUAACGAGCUUGCAUUCACUAUUUCAAUGCUAUUUGGAAUAUAUGCAGUUAAGACAAAAAAAAUUAAAAUUAAUUGUACUUAUAUCUUUUUACUUUUAUGUUAUUUUUGACUGAAACUCACAGUUUUGGCUUGGUCUCCUAAGUGCUGGGAUUGCACCCGUAUACCCUGCUGUUUUAUCUUUUUAAGGUGGUGAGUGUGUGUGUCUACUGGACAGCACCACGCUAGGGUAUUUUGCUCGGUGGAUGUUAUGAAAAUGGACCAAAGGUUGAGGGAUGCGGUAAUCCACUCUUGUUACCCCAGUCCUUAGGAGCCAAGUCAAGAAGAUGGCUGAAAAAUCUGGGCGAACCUGGGCUACAGAGUGAGAAUUUGAAGUUCCAUGGAUUUUAUUACGUGAAGAUAGCCUCAAGCUACAUAAAAUGUGGGUUCAAUAUUGAUGCCAUAUGGUCAAUAAAUACAUAAAUUUAUUGAGAGACAAAGACAGCAGGAAAUGCAGAAGAACCAGGAACCGGUGGAGUGAGGAGGAGGAAGUUGUUUGUAGUGUCCCCGCUGAAAAAGUCACACCUACAAUCCCAGUAUUCACGAGGUUGAGGCAGGAGAAUCACUGUUAGUUUGAGGCUGGUCUGAGUUAUGUAAUGCUUCUGUGUCUCACUGAGAUCAGAAGCAAUAAUAACUGCAUCGCAGGCUGCAGGGUCUCUGGGCUCAGCACGGGGUUAUGAACCUCCUGUGUCCCUGGGGCUGCAUCAGGCCAGGUAGAGAGCUGACUACCUCGUGGUUUGCCUGGUGUAGAACAGAACUGAGGGCUACUCUCUCCCUUCUCUGAGGGCUUUCUUUGGAUUAAUUCCUACCCCUCAGGCCUGGGAGAGGCACUUUCGCCCUCCCUGCUUGGAAGGCAGUGGUCUUUGGCAGCUGAGGGAGACACAUGGGCCAGAGGUGUCUUGAAGGUUCUGUUCAAGCUGUAGAGACUGAGGUGCCAGUCAGUGCUGGGGUGUCCUCUGACCUUGGGGGAGCUGCUGUCAUCCAACUUCUUGAAUGAUGAGUUCUACCCCAUGUCCAACUCUUUCUAACUCUCUUGUUCUUGUCUGUAUAUAUUACUGUUUUUUUA